AAAUUGUGAGUGGUUUUCACACACUUAUCAGGAUCUCUCGUUUAAUCCAAAAAUAAUUGCAUAUUUUCCGGUUAAAUAAACCCCAUUUUGUGCCCAAAAUACCACCAAAAGCACCCCUGAAUGGAAUUUAGUUGGAAAAUUGUGAAAAGUUUAUGGGAAAUUCGGUAAAACACCCCAAGACGGUAACACAUGUUUUUUUUUUCCUCAGAACUCAUUUUGAGAUUCUAGAGUGGAAAAAUCGAGGGUAGUUAUAAGUAUUGAGGGUGGAAAUGGACCUUUUUUCAAUCAAUUUUGCUGUGAAAUUGUAAAAGUUAAUUUUUUGUGUGGGAAACGAGUGCAAAAGAAAAGUGCAUUUGGUUGUGGAAAAGUGAGAAACUCACCCUCUUGGUGCGCGCGGAAAAAUCAAUAGAGGGUGGCAUAAGUUUGGUGUGCGUCGAAAAUGCACACAAACCCCACGGAAUUGAGGAAAAUUUCCUGGAAAAGCAAAUUGCGCUUGGAAAUUGAGUGAAGGAUCUCACCCUGAAGACAUUUCCAUUUUUGGGUUAUUUAAUUAAUUAAUUUUUCGAUCUAUUGAAAGAAUUGAAAAUGAAUUUGGUGUACAUCGCCUUGAUUGGUGGCUUUAUAGCGUGCUGCUGGGCCGCCCCACAGAGUCGCAUUUGCGUCAAGUCAAUCACCCAGGCACAGCAGGACUCAAAGAGUGAUGAAGCAACCGAAAACGAUUCAUCAUACGAAGAUGAUUUUGGGGAUGAUGGGGAGUUUGAGAAGUAUGACAUACAGCAGAAUAACUUGAUAUCCAAUUACAAUUUAUCGAUUGGUACGACAAUUUGCGAGAGGAAAUUCAACUUUUGCCAUGCUCUGUGGAGGAUUGAUGCUUAUGGGAAUGUCACAAUUGCCAGUCAAGGAUGCUGGGAAUCUGAUUCGAACACAUCUUGCGAACAGAGCGAGUGUAUUAGUCACUCCACCCUCAAUAGAGACAGCAAUCGCUACCUCUUCUGCUGUUGCUCUGACAAUCUCUGCAAUGAUCGCAUGACAAGCUUACCUGAGGACAAUAGCGAAAGCUCCGACAUUUGGUCCAGUGAAUCUCCAUCUCCGGCUCCUGAUGCUUCAAUCUUGGAGAAUCCUCUGGUUUGGAUUGCCAUUGCUGGCUCCUGCAUGGUUCUCCUGUCUCUGAUCGUGUUAAUAAUCUGCCGCCGUGGACAAAAAUCCCAACCUGAACUUGCCCCACUGGCUCCCUCAGGUCCAGGCUACAGCUCCAACCUCCAUAAUGUGGACAACUUGAAACUCUGUGCAAUGAUUGGGCAGGGAAAGUAUGGAACUGUGUGGCGUGGGUCUGUCAAUGAGCAACCAGUGGCUGUUAAAAUCUUCCCAGGACAGCAUAAGCAGUACUUCAUCAACGAACGUGAUAUCUACAAUCUUCCACUGAUGGAAGAUCCAGCCCUUCUCACCUACUUCGGUUGCGAUGAACGUCGUACAAUGGAGGAUAACAUUGAGUACCUCCUGGUGCUAUCUCUCGCCCCUCUGGGAUGCCUACAGGAUUGGUUGACGGAGAAUACCACAGCCUACGGGGUCUUCUGCUCAAUGGCUAAGUCCGUGGCACAUGGCCUUGCCCACAUGCACACUGAACUUCGCAAAGGGGAUCUCCUGAAGCCCUGCAUCUGCCACAGAGAUCUCAACAGCCGCAAUAUUCUAGUCAAAGCUGACCUAACUUGUGCUCUGUGUGAUUUUGGCUUUGCCAUGAAGACUUUUGGGCCAAGAUAUGAGUACCGCGGGGAGAUUGCACUUGCUGAAACAAAGAGCAUCAAUGAAGUUGGAACCCUCCGGUACAUGGCACCCGAAGUUCUCGAAGGUGCUGUGAAUCUACGAGACUGCGAAUCUGCCCUCAAGCAAAUCGAUGUGUAUGCUUUGGGGCUUGUUCUGUGGGAACUUGGCACACGCUGUCAUGAUCUCUAUCCUGAGGGGCAAAGUGUACCCGACUACCGAGCUCCCUAUGAGGCGGAAGUUGGAAAAAAUCCCACCUACGAGCAGAUGCAGGUGUUUGUCUCCCGCCACAAGGCCCGACCACUCUUCCCCACAACUUGGGGUGGUGGCAUUGCUGGGAAGAUUUGCCGUGAAACUUGCGAAGAGUGCUGGGAUCAAGAUGCAGAGGCACGUCUUACAGCUUUGUGUGUCGAGGAGCGCCUCCAGGAACUCUCAUCGCUUCGACCCAAGACGAGUAUUUUGGGGCGGAAUGGUGCACCACCUGUCGCAACCAACAAUGUGGUGAACUCAUUCAAAAGCAUCUCCCCCAUUUGCCCCAGUGACGCCGUCAUAAUUACACCACCAAACCAAAUUAUCCCCAAGGCACAGAGUGACUACACAACAGACGCCCUGCUGAGCUCUAGCGAUGUGAGAGUGAGAAAUCCCACCCACAUACGAAAUGGCGCGCUUCCCUUUUCCCCAACACAACUCGACCGCAAGCUCCCUAAAUGUGAAUUGAAUGGGGUCGAUCAGGGGUUUGCAAAUCAAAGGAAUGGCUCCGUAAUUGGGGACCCCACUCAGGUACGCCUAGCGAAUGCUGAGGGGAAAUUCAACGGCUGGAAUGGGGUGAGGUCAAUGAUAAAAAAGAAACUCUUCAAGCGAGCAAGUGUUUGCGAGGAGAAAUCCCAUCUAAUGGGAAGCAAACUCUCACUACCCGUGAGUAUUGACAGUGUAUCAUGCCCUGAGAUUAAUCAACAAUCCCCCCGGGAGACCCUGAGACCUCGACAGCGUCCCAGCAACCUCAAUUUAGCCCCCGUGCACUUCCGCACGGACUUUGACUACGAAUCCAGCUCCGAAUCCGGUGGGUAUUUCGAGAAUAACCUCCAGCAAUCAAGCAUUAUAAGGAAUUCCCUGAGGGGACAUCUCAAAGGGCUCGAAUCGAGUGAUUCUUUUGAUGAAUACCGUCGUGGGGAGCACACUGAUCCUCUUCCAUCGCGCAUUGUCACCUCAAAGUCGGCAAAUGCAAUGAAGAGCCUCAAUGAUCCAUCCCUGCGGCAGAUGAUGCUCUCGGAUAAACAGAUAAAGCGCCAGCGCUCCCUGGAAGUUUUCAGGGAGGUUUUUGGCCCAACAAAGGGUAGCGUGGAGAAGUUGAGAGAUCCAAGUCAGAGGGUAAAGACCCCCGGUGAUGUCCCCCCGUCGGUACGAAAGGUACGUGCCUCGAAGACACUCUCCCUCUACGAUGAUCGCAUGAUGGAUUCAACACUCGGCAAUAUUCUCUAGUACGAGGAGGUUCUGUUGCUGGAGCUGUAAAGAAAA